AUGUAUCAUUUUGCUCCCAUUGAUAUAUUCUCUGAUGAUGAAGAAUUUACACAUCAAGAAAUUGAUGAUGAAUUAACUGUUACAAUUUCAGAAGAAGAUCUCCUUGCAUCAAACCAUCUAAAUUUUGAACAAAAACACGCAUAUAAUUUGAUUCUCGAAACUUUACUUCUCAACAAAUCUGCUGCAUUCUUCAUUGAUGGUCCUGCUGGCACUGGAAAAACAUUUCUAUAUAAAGCACUUCUUGCUGAAAUUAGAUCGAAACAUAUAAUAGCACUUGCAACUGCAUCAUCUGGUGUUGCUGCAUCAAUUUUACCUGGAGGCCGAACAGAACAUUCACGAUUUAAGAUUCCAUUAAAUAUAGAAAAAAAUAGUACAUGUAAUGUUAGCAAACAAGGAAAUCUUGCUAAAUUAUUACGUCUUGCAAAAUUAAUUAUAUGGGAUGAAGCACCUAUGUCUGGAAAACAUUCUAUAGAGGCAGUAGAUAAAAUGUUGCGAGAUAUAAAUGAUACAGACCUUCUUUUCGGUGGAAAAGUUAUUGUUUUUGGUGGAGAUUUUCGUCAAGGAAAUCGAUUGCAGGCAGUAAUAUUUGAUAGAGAUAUUGAUCUACGCGAUGAUACACUGCAUGUUUUUCAAUCUUAUUAUAUAGGCAAUGCAUAUGUGAAAGCAAUAGAUCCAAGACACAAGAUAGAAGCGCAUCAAUAUCAAUGGAUAAUCAAUUCGAGGACAAUUAUUGAAAAUCUUGAAGAUGAUGAACCAGCACUAAAAGCUCCAGAAUAUAAUAUCAUCUCUUUCAAUGAGCUUGACGCUUAUAAGGAUACUGAUUCUGAAAUAGAUAUUUUAGCUGUUGCAAUCCAAAUGAUGCCACCAAGAGAAGUCAACACUAUCCAUGGAAAGACAACAGUUCAAGAUAUACAAGUUAUUUAUGAAAGGGCAACACAAAAUGAUGGAUUGCUAGAAGAAAUCAUUGCCAAGAAUUUAGACACAUCAAGAGGAUCAACUUCAACCAGUGCCAUGCAGACGAUAACAAAAAUUUCUGAGAUUACUGAAGUUAUUGAGUCCACAGAACCAAUGGCGGUAUAA